UUUCCCAAUUACGAAUGAGUGAAAAUGAGGACAGUGGACCCUGGUGUAUGGCUUCGAGACCCGGUUUACGAGGCAUGGUCUCGCAAACAAACAGACAAGGACCUGGAGAGCCGUCUGAGGCGCAGCUUCAGUGACGCAGCCCGGGAAUUCUGGAGACACGCGUCUUUGAGAGGAACCUUAAUAAGUAACAGGCGAUGCGUUACUACUUGGGACACUGCUCGUAAUGUCUUCGCAGCUUCGUUCGCCUUCUUCCUCGCGGUCUGGCUGGUGACAUACAACGUACGGGAGCAGACGGCAAGACCACCUUUGCAGGUGAACGCUCUGUCCACUCGCAGCCCGACGGAGGUGCGGUUCCCAGCCAUCGCCCUCUGCUCCAACAACGUCAUCAGCAAGGACAAGCUGGAAAUGUAUAUCGAAUUUCUGACGAGCAGAGCAUCUCACAACAAAACUUACAACACAGAAUACCUGGUAAGGAACAUCCUGCACUUCGGCGCCUUCCUCACGAAGACGCUUCCUCGUGUGGAUGUCUCCUUCAUAGAUCUUCUCCAGCACAAGAAUGAAACCUUCAACGUCACUCAACUUAUGUAUCAACUGUCUCCGAACUGCUCCAGCCUGCUGAGGACCUGCGCGUGGGCAGGCUCGCUGGUGGACUGCGCCCAGCUGUUCGCGAUGAGGAUCACGCCACUCGGGUUCUGCUGUGUUUUCAAUUCUCGAUAUCAACCAGAAGACAUUAACGCAAAGCCCUGGGUGUCCCGCCGAGUGGGCCAGAGUACCGGCCUCGUGGUGGUCUACACGGAGAAUGAUGAGGAUUAUGCUUAUCUGCGUCGACCAGCACUCGGAGUCGAGGUUUUGUUGUUUGAUGGUGACGAGUAUCCGCUGCUGGAGACGGGGGUGACGCGACUGUACCCGGUACAAAGGAAUACUUCCAUGUUCUUCUCUCUCAAUCUGCGAGACAUCAGGAGUAGUUCCGACCUGGGCUCGUAUAGUGAGAGCUGGCGUCGAUGCGGCAUCCGCGCCGCCGCCGGCCCGGCCGCCGCGCGCGCCAGCUACGGCUGGUGCCUGCUGCGGUGCCGCCGGCGCACGGCCGCCGCGCUGUGCGACUGCGUGCCCUACACGCUCAUGCCGAGCGAGCUAGUGUGCAGCAUCGGCCAGCUGCCUUGUCUGGACAAACACAAAGCUAAUGGCUGA